AAAUCGAAGUCGAAACGAAACGAAUUGUCAUUUUUUUUGUUCUUUAUUACCCCAGCAAAACAGCGAAAAUACCCCCGAAAAUGGCUCAAAAAGCGAUCAAUUAAGUGUAUUCUGACAUAUUUUAUUCACAAUCAGUGCAAGUUGUGUGAAUUCGCAGAGAUUUUCGGUGUUUUUCUUCGGCACAGAAGAAUUUCCAUAUAAAGAGCUUCCUGUCCGGCAUCGAAGUUUUCACCUUGAUUUUUCACCCACUUAAACACAAAUUCUGCAGAAAUUUGCAGUUUUCUGUGUGAGAUAGAAAGGCGAUUUUGGCGGUGAAGUGCUUCCAGAGGGGGUUUGCUUAGGAUUCGUGGCAGAAACGUUUGUGGAAGGAAUAUCCGGGAUGUCUGGUCGCAGGAAACAUAACCUCAAAAUCCAGAUGGCGAACGAAGCGCCGCCCCCAGUGACGCCGCCACACAACCUAGACAAGAGUACAACGAUCACAAUCGACGACAAGACGUUUGUCGUGGAGGCGGACGACUUGGAGAAGUUGUGCGAUCUGGGAAGGGGCGCGUAUGGAAUCGUGGAGAAGAUGCGCCACAGGCAGACGGGCACAGUGAUGGCCGUGAAGAGAAUCACCGCCACGGUGAACACACAGGAGCAGAAGCGACUCCUUAUGGACCUGGACAUCUCCAUGCGGUCCAGCGCUUGUCCCUACACAGUCCACUUCUUCGGGGCGCUCUUUCGCGAGGGCGAUGUGUGGAUCUGCAUGGAGGUGAUGGACACCAGCCUAGACAAAUUCUAUCCGAAAGUAUUCAAAAACAGCCGCCUCAUGUCCGAAGAUAUUCUAGGGAAGAUCACGAUAGCCGUAGUAAAUGCCCUCCACUAUCUCCAUGCCAAGCUCAAAGUGAUCCACAGAGACGUGAAGCCAUCCAACAUCCUGAUAAAUCGCAAGGGAGAAGUGAAGAUGUGCGAUUUCGGCAUUUCUGGUUACCUGGUGGAUUCAGUGGCGAAGACUAUCGACGCCGGCUGUAAACCGUACAUGGCGCCUGAACGAAUAGAUCCAACAGGCAAUCCGGGUCAGUAUGAUAUUCGAUCGGACGUGUGGUCACUGGGCAUCAGCAUGAUCGAGAUGGCCACUGGCAAGUUUCCCUACUCCACUUGGGGCUCUCCGUUUGAGCAGCUGAAGCAGGUGGUGACAGACGAUCCACCGCGCGUGGAGCCGGGCAAAUUCAGUCCGGAGUUCACGGAUUUCAUCAGCGUGUGCCUGCAGAAGCUGUACACAGACCGUCCAAACUAUGAGCAAUUGCUGCAGCAUCCCUUCCUGCAGGAGCACAGCGCCAAAAGCACGGACGUGGCCACGUUUGUCGAGGAGAUUCUCAAUUUGCCAGAGUAAUGCGGUGCGCAUGGAGAUAACAGUAAUAUUUACUUAAGAGAGUCACAAGGAGAAGUAGUGUGGAUGAGAACGAAUAAUACUAAUGUCCUUACUUUUUUUUUCAUGUAUAUUAAUUUAGCGAUGAAGAAGACGAUUAUCAUAUACUAAUGAGCAAUUAAUUUGAGAGAGAGAUUUGAGAGAAAAGAAACAUCUGUAAUAUUUUCUCCUAGAGGAUAACCAAUUGAAAGUAGAAUGAUACAAGACAGAAAAAAUUGCAAAGCAAUCUUGAUAAAGAGUAUAAAUCCUCAAGCAUCACGCCAAGUAUGACAAUUUCGAACGAUAAAACAACUCAAGCAUGCAAUUUGUUGACAUUGAGAUAAGAAUGGUGUCUGAGAGAGGCAUCGAGAAACAUGAAAAGUGCAAAAGAUAUGCAAGAAAAGCCAAUAAGUCGAAAUCGAGGUCGAAAUAAAGUCUACGGAGCAACUUAGAA